AUGCGUAUGUCUGCCUUCCGACCCGUUUUCAAUCACGCUCGACUAAUCACUCUCGCAGUUGGUGACAACACCACCAACCUCUAUGGAUACACCCCUUCCAAGGAAUCCGGUCUCGCUUUUGUCGUCCUCUUCGGCAUCACAACACUGCUUCAUACAUUCCAAGCCACGAGGGCAAAAGCGUGGUGGUUGUUCCCAACAGCGGUCAUUGCAGGUGCCGCAGAGGUUGUUGGGUGGGCGGCGCGGAUACAGUCCGCCUCCAACCCGUUUUCGUUCCAUCCCUACAUCAUUCAAAUUACUGUACUUGUCCUUGCGCCCACUCCAUUUGUAGCCGCGCUCUUCAUUGGCCUACGCCGUAUAGUCACCCAUGUCGGCCCUCAGUACAGCCGUCUCACUCCCCGGUGGUACUCUCGCAUCUUCCUCUCAGUAGACAUCCUGUGCCUUCUCAUCACCGGCGGCGGUGGAGGCCUUGCUGCGACUGGCCCCACCAACCCGAGUGCUGUUAAGACGGGCAGCGACAUCAUUCUCGUCGGUCUGGGGAUCCAGAUCUUCUCGCUUACCGUCUUCUGCACCCUCAUGGCUGAGUUCGUCUGGCGCCGGGCGAACGAGCGGCCGUACCACAAGGAGGUUACCCGCGGCUUUCCCAUGGACCGUAAUGUGAAGUUCCUGUUGGCGGGCAUCACCUUGAGCACGUUCUUCAUAUACGUCCGGUCCAUCUACCGUAUUAUCGAAUUCGCUGGCGGCUUUAACGGGAAGAUCGCUCACACUGAGUGGCUUUUCAUCGUCUUCGACGGUGUCAUGAUCACCCUGGGCAUGUUCACGCUCAACGUCUUCCACCCCGGCCGUCUGUUGAAGAAGAGCGAGGAGGGGGAUUACGAGCUCACCAAGACUCGUACUCCCCGAUCAGUGUAG